AUGGCCUGCGACGCUGAUUCCUGCUGUGGACAACGCAAGGAGAUACCGUCCGGGGUUCAUCCACAGGAAGAGGAAUCGGACAUCCCCAGCUGCUGCAAAGAUAAGCCCUCUCCUUGCUGCGAUGUCUCUUGCCUGGAUCGCAUCGCCCUCCGCGGAUGCAACCAAGGACGGACUCCAUCCACUUCUGAAGGGGGAUCCUCGAGUAAGUUCACCUCGACUCGCGACUUCAGCCCAGGUUGCAUUAACACCCGUAGCUCCGAACCGUGGCUGUCAAAGUCCCAAUGGAAUCCUGCUGCGCAUCGCCAACACGCGCCUCCCUUGUUAAAGAGCGUCGCUCUGUCGACUCGUCCCGGUCUGUUCGCGCUUCGCUCGGCUCUUGCUGCGCAGAGGCUAGUCGGGAGUCAGGGGGACACCGCAGCGCUAGUCGAAGGGGUAAAGGAGAGGCGUGCUCCAGCGGCUGUUGCAGUUCUUUGGAGCGUCCUAAAGUCGCUAAGCAGUGUGCUCCGACUAGCAAGGAAGUUGCCAACUCUGAAGGCUGCUGCAGUAAGGCGGAAAUUGAUUUCAUUAUCCAAGCAGCACGCCUCUGUUACAAAGAGCGACAUCAGCGAUACCGCGGCUUGCUCCAAGGGCUGUUGUGGUUCGUUGGAGCGUCCUAAAGCCGCCAGGCAGUGUGCUCCGACUGGCAAGGAUGCCAAAUCUGGAGGCUGCUGCAGUCCUGAGAAGUCUGGCUUGGUCAAACCGCACAGUCCCGCUACAAAGAGUGAAGCCAGCGAUACCAAAACCUGCUCCAAGGGCUGUUGCGGUAAGCCGAAUGUCGACCAGGCUCCGAAUGACGGGCAAUCCUCGUUGAAGAAGAUAAACUCUGGCCAUUGCGGCUCAAUCGAUUCAUCCUGUGCUCCCAAGGCGGCUCCCUGUGCGUCCGCUGAAGAAAAGCGAGACAAUCUCGAUACGUGCUCGACCGGCUGUUGUAGCAAGGCAGAAGAGUCGUCUGAUGCCUUGACAAGACCGAAGCGUGAUAGCUGUUCAGCUGGUUGCUGCGGUAAACCGGUACCAUCUAAAGACAAAUCUAGCGACCUCAUUGAGGUGGUCCCGGUCUCCCCUUCCCCGGACCUCGAAAAAGGACUCUCUGGCAAGGAACAUGUCGUUUUGAGUAUAUCUGGAAUGACUUGUACCGGAUGUGAAACAAAGCUCCAGCGAACUCUGGGCACUUUGCAAUCCGUCCAGAACCUCAAAACCAGCUUGGUGCUUUCUCGAGCAGAAUUCGAUCUCGACGUUAGGAUCCAGUCGGUCGAUCAAGUGUUCAAGCACUUGGAAAAGACAACCGAGUUCAAGUAUGAACGGAUCACAGAUCGGGGAUCUCGCGUCGAUGUUAUCGUUUCCAACGCCACCGAGUUCAUGAAGCAAGACUGGCCUCGCGGUGUGACCGAGAUGACUCCCGUUGACAAUGAAACAGUCACUGUCGCCUUCGAUGCUAAGGUCACCGGUGCGAGAGAUCUGGUUGAGCGUGGCUGGGACAGACCGCUUAGCCUGGCUACUCGACCUGAUCCAACGCUGCACGCUGGGAGCAAACAUGUGCGCCAUAUGGGGUGGAUGACCAUUCUAUCCAUUAUCCUAACCGUGCCCGUCUUAGUCCUAGCUUGGGCUCCGCUUCCAGAGAGGAAAAUCACCUAUGGCUCUGUAUCGCUGGCGCUGGCGACGAUUGUGCAGGUUGUCAUUGCUGGUCCCUUCUAUCCAAAGGCUGUGAAAGCCUUGGUAUUUUCAAGGAUAAUCGAAAUGGACCUGCUUAUUGUACUGAGCACGAGCGCAGCCUACAUCUUCUCGGUGGUCUCAUUUGGCUAUCUCGUCACGGGCCAGCCACUUUCUACUGGUGAAUUCUUCGAGACCAGCACGCUACUUGUUACUCUGAUCAUGGUGGGCCGGUACGUGGCCGCACUGGCUCGUCAGAAAGCUGUCGAAUCUAUUUCGGUUCGGUCACUGCAGACGCCUACAGCUAUUCUUGUGGACGACUCUGGGACCGAUGAAAAAGAGAUCGAUGUCAGGCUCCUCCAGUAUGGGGACGUCUUCAAGGUUCUGCCAGACUCGCGGAUUCCUACCGACGGUACAGUCAUUGCAGGAUCGUCCGAGGUCAAUGAGUCAAUGAUCACCGGAGAGUCGAUACCGGUAGACAAGACGCCUGGGUCUGCCGUUAUCGCGGGAUCCGUGAAUGGUUCUGGAGUGUUGGUCGUCCGGUUGACCCGUCUCCCGGUUGAUAACACCGUCUCUGUGAUUGCAGGGAUGGUCGACCAGGCAAAGCUCUCCAAAGUAAAGAUCCAGGACAUCGCAGACCGCGUGGCAAGCUACUUCGUCCCAGUGGUAGUCGCUCUGACCAUCAUCACAUUCGUAAUCUGGAUUGCCGUGGGCAUUGCAGUGCGCAACCAGUCUGGUUCUCGCGCUACCACAGAGGCAAUCACCUAUGCUAUCACCGUAUUGAUCGUCUCCUGUCCGUGCGCCAUCGGCCUGGCCGUACCCAUGGUCAUCGUCAUUGCCAGCGGCGUCGCCGCCGAGCGAGGCGUCGUCUUCAAAGCCGCGGACAGCAUCGAAGUCGCCUACAAGGCCUCCCACGUCGUAUUCGACAAGACCGGGACCAUGACCCAAGGCAAGCUGACCGUUGCUGUGGAACACAUCGACACCACGAGGAAUUCCAUGUCUCUCCUCUUGGGUCUGAUCGGGAGCAACAAGCACCCAAUCUCGGCUGCCGUGGCCGCGCAUCUCAAAGCCAAAGGCAUAUCGGCGUCUAUCGUCACCGACGCAAAGGUGCUCACCGGCAAGGGUCUCGAAAGCUCAGCAUCGGGCUAUAUCCUCCGUGCAGGAAACUCACGAUGGCUUAACCUCUCGUCCAAUCCGCAAGUCCAAUCCGUCCUCGAACAAGGCUACACAGCAUUCUGUUUCACGGUCAACGACACCCUCGCCGCGGUCUUCGGCCUGGAAGACUCCCUCCGCCCCGACGCCAUCGACGCCGUCACCAAGCUCCAAGAGCGUCGGAUAGCCGUACAUCUUCUCUCCGGCGACGACGAAGGCAGCGUGCACGCCACCGCACGCCAGCUCGGGAUCGCAGCGCAGAACGUCCGCUCGCGCUGCACUCCCGCCGACAAGCAAGCCUACAUCCAAGCUCUCAUGACGCCAGCACAGCAACCCGUGCACACGAAGAGUCCGACAACUAUCUUCGUCGGCGACGGCACCAACGACGCCGUCGCCCUCGCCACCGCCACGAUCGGCGUGCACAUGAAUGAGGACACCGGCAGCGACGUGGCUAAGUCCGCCGCGGAUGUCGUGCUUAUGCGGCCCAGCGUGCGCGGCAUUCUGACCAUGAUCAGUAUCAGCGAGAAGGCGGUGCGACGGAUCAAGUUUAAUUUCGGGUGGAGCUUUGUGUAUAACCUGUUCGCGGUGUUGCUUGGCGCCGGCGCGUUUGUGAAUGCGCGGAUUCCGCCUGAAUAUGCCGGGUUGGGGGAGCUGGUUAGUGUUUUGCCUGUUAUUUUUGCGGCGGUGCUGUUGCGAUGGGCGAAGGUCUAG